UCAAAAAUGGCGACUACCGCUAAUUACGCUUUUUCCUCUGAUGGAGAAUAUUUUGCUCAUUGUGGAAAUGAUGGAAAACUAAAAAUAUGGGAUACUAGCACUGGUCGUUUAAAACAAGAAUAUGUUUCUAAUUUUCAUCUGUCUUCUCCAUGUUGUGUUUUGGCUUGGCUUUACGUCAGCUCUCAAACAACAAAUACAUCGCCUUCACCAUGGAAGAAACGCAGAAAGAAGUCAAUUUCAGACGAAUCCAGUCAAAAGGGUAUUGUUGCAAUGGGUUCGACAAAUGGAAAAGUUACACUUUAUGAUACAACAACUUCCUCAAUUACGGCACAAUUAGAUGGUCAUUCUGGUACAGUUACUGCAGUAACUUGGUCUGAAAAUGUUGGUUUGUUUACUGCAGCAGGUGACCACCAUAUUAUUCAAUGGAAUCUUCAAGAAAAUGGUGUUAAAUGUAAAUGGAAAUCAGGAAAGGGAAAAACUACAUCUUUGGCAGUUUCAAUAGAUGGGAAAAGUUUGUUAUCAGGAGAAAGGGUUAUUAAAUGGUGGGACCUAAAUACCAAGCAAUUAAUAAGGACAUUCACAGGUCAUGCUAAUCAAGUGACAUGUUUUUGUACUAUUAAAAUGACAUCUGGCAACAAUUAUGUUAUUAGCGGUGCUUGUGGUGAUGGUUAUCUCAAUGUUUGGGCAUUAGAUGAACAAAGAAAUGAAAGAACUCCUGUAGCAAGUUUAGCUUUACAAGAUGAUCCAAUAAGUGUUUCAACAAAUAUCUCAGUCAAUUCUCAAGUAAUGGUAUUAGUAGUAACGAGAUCUGGGCAAGCACACUUAUUUCAAUAUCAACCAAAUGGUCAGUCAAAACCUUUGAAGCCCAGUUUAAAUAUUGCAAUUGCUUCUGAUAUAAACCAAAAAGAUAGUGUCCAGCAAAUUUCUAUUUUAAAUGCAAGAUUGACAGAAGAUCAGAAAUUAUUAUUAGCAUAUGGAACAUAUCUUAAUCCCAUAUUUGAGAAAGUAACUCCAGAUUUUUCUGAUAAAGUACAAUGUCUAGUGCGUUCAGAAUAUAAAAAAAAUAAAGAUAGAAAAGAAGAGAUUUCUAAAGUGAAAUCUACUAUAAUUGAAGGCAACGUAGAAUAUCUUGCACCAGGAAUAAUUGAAACUACACAAAAAAAGAUUAGAAGCAGUUCUGGAUCACAAUUGUUAUUGAAAGAUAGAUUAGAAAAUUUAAGUUUAAGUGCUGAAAGUAAUCCUACAGGCAAAACUGUUAGCACAGGUAGCAACAGAGCACAACUUUUAAUACAAGGUUUAAACAGUAAAGACAAAACUAUUUUGACUAAUAUUUUCCUCACAAAAAAUGAGUCUAUUAUUAGGAACACUAUUGCAAAACUACCAAUACAAGCAAUUGGGCCAUUAUUGAAAGAACUCACUAUUCUACUUCAGGGUAAAACUUACACGAGUAAAAUUGCUGUACGAUGGUUGGAGGCAUUAUUAACAGCACAUGCAGGACAUCUUUUGUCACAAGCAGAUCUUGUGGAAUUAUUUGGACCAAUUUUAAGUUUAAUAGAUGCAAAACUAACUCUUUUAACAGAGCUCUCAAAACUUAAAGGCCGCGUUUCUCUUGUUACUGGUCAAAUUUCUCAAACAAUGGAAGAACACGACAAGGAUAUUAGCGAAGAUUGUCUUGUUUAUCAAGAUUCAGAUUCGUCAGAUGAAGAUGGUGGAGUUGAAGAUGAGGAUUUAGAAAGCGAAUCCGAUGAAAAUUGGGAAGAAAUAUCAAAUCAAGAAGAUGAAGUACAAGAUGACCAAGAUAAUCCAGAGGAGCAGAUUGACGAAGAUGGAAGAAAUACAAAUUCUGAUGAUGAAGAUGAGGAAUCUAUAUCCAGUUGA